UUAGGAACCCGCACUUAAGAGCAACAAUGUCUUCGUGGUUGAUUCAUAAAUACACAGAAAAAAAAUGCCUCACAAAUGUGAUUGGGGUUGUUUUCCGCACACGGGGGCGUCAAAGGCAAGCCAGUGAAUCUGACGUCCCGCCCUCUCAUUCCUCCGGCGUGCUUAACUUUCCACAGGCUGCCGGUCGUGUACUCCAAUCCAGACGACGGUACUGCGCACACCGGCGUGUGUGAGUGGACCCCAAAGCCCCUCGAAAUGGAUUACGAGGCCAAGGUUUUCCCUCACAGUGGCGGAUACGGACGCUACAACAAACUGGUGGUGGCUUUCAGUUGGUUCCCAAGCUUCGCCGUCAUGUUCAACCUGUUCAGCGACGUCUUCUACACGGCCAUCCCGGACGCGUACCACUGCAAACCGGAUCCGCGGCUCCUUCCCUCCGCCUUCCUCCUCACCAAUUUAUCCAAGUCGGCUUACCUGAAGCUGACCGUCCCUUGGGUCAACGGCACCGGCCUGAGCCACUGCGAGCUCUACAAGUACCCUCCGAACUCCUCGGACUUGUCCGAAAGUGUUCCCCGGGAGAAGGUGAGCUGCACGGAGGGCUGGGAAUACGCUCGCCUCUCGGGGCUCCAGAGCAACUUCGUGACGGAGUGGAACCUGGUGUGCGGCGACUACUGGAAAAUUCCCCUCCAGCACAUCUGCUUCAUGACGGGAUGGAUUCUGGGAUACAUCUUCAUCGGAUCAUUAUGCGACUGGCUCGGUCGACGACGAGGAUUUCUCCUGUCCGUCACUCUGUCCAGUGUGCUUGGCAUGGCCGUAUGUCUGUCCAACAGUGCUGUGGUGUUUCUGCUGCUUCGUCUCUCUCAGGGCAUCAUGCUCGCCGGGGUCUUUUUAUCCUCGUACAUAGCAAGGUUGGAGCUGUGUGACCCUCCGCAUCGUCUCAUGGUUGCCAUGAUCGGCGGCUUCUUCGGCAUCUUUGCUGAGCUGCUGUUGCCCGGCGUCGCUGUUCUGUGUCGCGAUUGGCCGGUUUUGCAGGCCGUUACCACGUUACCACUGCUCCUGCUCGUAUCCUAUUGGUGCUGCGCGUCAUUGUUUCCCGAGUCUCCGCGUUGGUUGUUGGCCACGGCGCAGAUCCCCGAAGUGAAGAGGAGCCUCCGGGAAUUCUCCAGCAGGAAUGGCGAGUGUUUACCAGACGAGCUCUUCCCCGGUGAAACCUUGUUGUCAGAGAUUGAUUCGGUAUUCGAUGAAGAGCGCCAGCCAAGAUGUUAUUCCAUUUUAGAGCUGCGACACACUCGGAUUAUUUGGAAGAACUGCCUCAUCCUCAGCUUCACCCUCUUGAUUGGAACAGGCAUCCAGUACUGCUUCACCCGAAACCUGCACGCGUCCUCCACCAACUUCUACUUCAGCUACUUUGUCCGAAUCGCCACGGGAACGCUGGCCUGCAUUUUCAUCUGCUCCACCGUCAAUCAUUUCGGUCGGCGAAGUAUGCUCCUGCUCUCCGCCAUCGUCACCGGACUGUCAUCGCUGCUUCUGCUGGCGCUCACUCAGUACUUGCGAGGAGGCCUGGUGCUGGUGCUUUCCAUUGUGGGUCUGCUGUUUUCUCAAGCUCUCGCCAUGGUCAGCAUCUUCUUCGCCUGCGAGGUGAUGCCUACUGUCGUGCGAGGCGGGUGCCUCGGUCUGGUGCUGGCAGCGGGCUGCGUGGGCAUGGCCGCCUCUUCCCUGAUGGAGCUCCAGAACAACGGGGGCUACUUUCUCCACCACGUCAUCUUUGCCUCUUUCGCCGUCCUCUCCGUGCUGUCCAUCAUGCUCCUGCCCGAGAGCAAGCGCAAGCCCCUGCCCGACUCGCUGAAGGACGGCGAGAACCAGCGCCGGCCUCCGCUCUUCUCGUCUCGGGCGGACAGGGUCAACCUGCCGUUGCUGAGCCCCCGGCCCCAGCUGUCGGAUUACAACCCUGAUAACUACUCGCGCCUGGUCAGCGCCACCAGGAAGAUGCUGAGCAAAGACAGUUUGCCUUACAGGAUCGCAGUGCCGACUCAUCGCCUGCUGUCCGAUAGCGAAGCGCAGGGACAGGAGAGUCUUCAACAAUAACAUACCCCUUGAGUUCUUUUUCACACUUGAAGUCAUCUCUUUGCCCGCUCGGUGUGUAGGAGCCAAUCAUUUCAACGGAAACAACACAACUCCGAGGGUGAAAAAAAACAACAUCUAUUGUAUUUGCCAUGGGUGCUUUGUGUGACGAGGCCAUAGACGCGCUAAGGUUUGUGAGUCAGCAACUGGUUCAUUUGUUCGCGCUUUUAGCUGGGAAGCACCCUUAACCGUGUCAGUGCUGUCGGUCAUGUGAGCUGCAGCACUUUGUCCAUUUAUGAGCAACUCACGCACUUUUCAUUAAGUCUGACAGUGUGACUCACCAGUGUCUCCGUUGCAGCCGAGCUCUGAUUCCCCAAAAGGUCCCUUAAGUUGAACCGAUCUAAUGCGGUUGAAAUCAUGGUGGGAAGCCGGGCACGCUUGCGGCGGUUGUUUGGAAUGGUUGUGUUAUGUUUUUUGGAAUCCGCUAGAGGGCGCCAAACAAUUCGCACUGUUGAAGAAAGUCAGACAUUCUGCAUUGAUUUCUUUAUUGCGCACGUCACGGGUGUAGCUGCCAUCUGAUUGAAUGGUAUUCGAAUUAAAAGCACGUUUGUAUUUCGAAUUGGGACCACGCGCUGUGGCAUUCUGGAAGACGACAUUACAAUUAGGAGUUUUGAUCAUAACUCUUUGGCGAUUCAGGCUCAAAAUUGGACAAUGCAUGCUUCAAACCAGAGAUUUCCACAAUAACGUCGAUUUGUCUGUCUGUGUCUUGUGUUG